UCAUUCUCAUUUGUCACUCGUUAAUCUGUCAAACGACGAUGUCAUUUGGAGCAAUUUCAUUAAUUAAUAAUUAUUGUUGAAGUCGUAAUUUUGUUGUUAAUCGAGUGCAUUCAGACUCAAGACUGCCACAUUUCUAACCUACAAAUCAGUAACCAUCAUGUCAUCGAAAAGUAAAAAUGGGAAUAAUCGAAAAGUGGUGGCUUACAGUGACUUAGCAAUUAGAAAUAACUUGUCUGUAGUCGAGUACUGUCGUACUUCGAUGGCAGCCCUGUCAGGGUGUACAGCAGGUGUUUUGGGUCUAACUGGACUCUACGGGGCAGUAUUCUACAUUUUCGCGGUCACUAGUCUCUGGUUUAUGAUAUUAUUCAAAGCCGGAUUAUCGAAUUGGAAAAAUUAUUUUAUUUCUCGAAAAGCGCUACUCACAAACGGAUUUUUUGGACAGUUGUUCACGUAUAUAUUGUGCUGGACAUUUAUUUAUGGGAUGGUACACGUGUAUUAAACAGGGUAAAAUUAAAGUCUACGUUAUUAAGA